AUGGUUGUUCCUCCAGAUUUCCUGAAAAGACCCUCAGUGUCCCUGAGUGAUACCGGGGACAUAUUGGAGGGUCGUCCCCUGACACUGACCUGCAACAUCGACAACUACAACUACUCCUCAGCAACAGAUGAUUACUGCUGGUACAAGAAGAAGAAUGUGUCUUCAGAUGAUGAAGUCCUCAGGAAAGGUCGAGAACUGGUCUUCCAGUCCAUCAAGUCUUCAGACUCAGCAGAGUAUUGGUGUACUGUGGAGAACCAGCAGGGGAAAAACUCAUCCGAACCUGUCUUCAUUGACGUCCAAUAUCCUCCCAGGUGGUCGUCUUUGUCCGUCAGUCCGUCUCCUGUCAUCCUUGAGGGACAGUCGGUGAAUCUGACCUGCAGCAGCGAUGCUAAACCGGCCGCCAACUACACCUGGUUCAAGGACAACCAAACUCUGACCCAAAAUCCACAAGAACUUUACAGUUUCACCUCCAUCCGUCCUGAAGAUGCCGGAACAUUCCACUGCAUGUCUGAGAAUAAACAUGGACACGUCAACUCUUCAACAGUUGUCAUAGACGUCCAAUGUUCCUGGAGUGUCACCGUGGCAACAGCUGGGGGCUCAGUCGCUGGUCUUGUUCUUGUUCUGCUGGUCCUGGUUCUCACCGCUUUCCUGGUGUGGAGCAAAAAGAGGGCAUCAAAGGAGUCCAGAGCAAAGUCCAGCGCGGGUGCAGAUUGUGGCGAGGCUUCAACCCGGGAACAGAAAGAAGUCGUUUAUUCCCAAGUCCACUUCACCACAUCCAGCCAAGGUCCGGUCUACGGCAACAUCACGCCAUCUAUGCCCCGCAGCAGACACGUGGUGGAGGAGAUGGAAGACGGCGUGGAGUACGCCACAGUCCAAAGAGCGUGAGAGCGGGAUGAGCUCCUUUCACUUUCAUUUUGCUCGUCCCAGACGUGGGACGAAGUCUACAACGAAAGGAAGUAUUCGAUGCGUGAAGAUUUUGCGGUCAUGUGACCACAUCACCUUCUCAUUGGGGCUCAUCCAGGCCUUGAUUGUCACCGCAGCGUCAAUAAUUGUAUGUUAGCCCCUCCCCUUUCUCACAAUCAUCAAUAUGACUGUGAUCUAUUUCUUAUCUUAUUCAAUGAUUGCACCAACAUUCAUCUCUUUUAUCACCAAGAUCCAUCCCGGUCUUGCGCGGGUCUACAAUCUUUGCUCCAUUCUGUUAAUGAGCUUUGAAUGAAGACAGACUUUGUGUCCCAGCUUUUAAACACACAGGAUGUUCAAUUAGGAACACUUUCUUAAAGGGACAGGACUCAUUUGUGUGUUUCCUGGACACAUAAACACUCUGUGAGUCAUGAUGCUAGUAGAGAUGGGAGAUGAGGCAAUAUACAGUUUAUGUAUAUAAUAUAUGGUCGA